CAUCAUGGCGGACACCAAAACGGGAGUGAAACGGAAACUCGUUGAUGUUCCAGACGAUUUCUCCGAUAGUGACGAUGAAAUUGCUCCAGUGAAGGAUCCCAAAGUUGAUAAGAGCAGAAGCUGCCCUUACCUCGAUACAAUCAAUAGGCGAGUCUUAGAUUUUGAUUUUGAGAAAUUGUGCUCAGUCUCCCUGUCCCAUCUGAAUGUGUAUGCUUGCCUUGUAUGUGCCAAGUACUUUCAAGGACGAGGGAGGAAGUCCCAUGCCUACACCCACAGUGUUCAGAUCAACCAUCAUGUCUUCCUUAACCUACAUACCCUCAAGUUCUACUGCCUGCCAGAUAACUAUGAAAUUAUUGACUCAUCACUUGAAGAUAUUACGUAUGUCCUGAGACCCACCUUUACGAAGGAUGACAUUGAGAAUCUUGACAGUAACACCAAGUUGUCUAGAGCUUAUGACAAGACAACGUAUCUUCCGGGCAUUGUAGGUCUCAACAACAUCAAAGCAAAUGACUACUGCAAUGUUUUGCUCCAUGCCCUCGCACACAUUGUCCCCCUCCGGAACUACUUUCUUGAAGAGAAGAACUACAUUAACAUCAAGCUCCCACCUGGUGACAUCAUGUGCCUGCUGUCGCAGCGUUUCGGGGAGCUCAUGCGUAAGAUGUGGAAUCCACGGAACUUCAAGGCCCACGUUAGUCCACACGAGAUGCUGCAGGCCAUCGUCUUGUGCAGUAAAAAGAGAUUCCAGAUCACCAAACAGGGUGAUCCAGUUGAGAUCCUCUCCUGGUUCCUCAAUGCCCUUCAUGCUUCGCUCGGCGGAACAAGGAAAGCCAAGAGUAGCAUCGUCUACGGUACAUUCCAGGGUAGAAUGAAAGUAUUCACAAAGAAAAUCAUCCCCAUGGAUACACCGGAGAAAGACAAAGAAGAACUGCUCAAAACAGAAGAAUAUAAAGAGACCGUGACAGAGACCCCCUUUUUGUACCUAACGUUGGACAUUCCUCAAGCGCCACUGUUCAAGGAUGAGCUUGAGCAGAACAUCAUCCCACAGAUUCCAUUAUCUUCACUCAUGACAAAGUUUGAUGGAGUUUCUGAAAAGGAGUACAAGACCUACAAAGACUCGACCAUCAAGAGAUUUCAGCUGACUCGUCUACCUCCUUACCUCAUUUUGUGCAUGAAACGAUUCAACAAAAACCUCUUCUUUAUUGAGAAGAAUCGGACCAUUGUUAACUUCCCUAUUAAGAACAUGGAUUUCACCGAGUACCUAUCCAAGGAUCCUGAGGUUCAGAAGAGAAAUCCUUCAGCCAGCUACGAUCUGAUCGCCAACAUCGUACAAGAUGGGGAACCAGGACCAGGAAAAGGCACAUACAGGGCUCAUGUAUUACACAAAAGUACUGGUAAAUGGCACGAGAUUCAAGAUCUUCAUGUAGCUGACAUUCUACCCCAGAUGAUCACGUUAUCAGAAGCUUAUAUACAGAUUUGGGAGAGGAAAGAUAGAAAAGCUGAAGAAGGAGAUGAGAAACCAAAGACACAAAGACAACCAGAAAAUUGAUAGCUGACCUACAGAAACUAUCUACCCCCUCGAUUGUUAUGACACACAUUACCUGAAGACAGCGAAAUACAGGGUUAAAAUAUACUUGCAUCUACACAAUGUAAAUGUUAUUUAUAGGUUCACCCUUCAAGGAACUGAUCAUGCAGGCGCAAAAUUGUAUGCAGAAUGACACUAUGAUGGACCCAGCCAUGGCAUUUUGAGGUGCAAUACUCGCCACUGUACUUUUCCAAUUUAUAUCAUUAUUAAAGGAACAGUACGAAUUGGUUUUUCGCUUACAAACAGUUGCUGGCAGUGUAAGCACUUGAUGUACACCAUCAUAUACAUGUACAUAAACUGACAAACCUGUAGAAG